ACCCGCUCCCGUCGAAACGAAGGUCGAGCAACCAGACGAGUCUGGGCUAUCACAACCACCAUCUCCGAGUCAGGUGGAGAUGGCCAGGUCUCCUAGAUCUCCUGUAACACAGACUCCUGUCCAAAAAGAGCCUAGCGAAAGCCACUCUUCUCCAGAACCGAAGGUUGAUACGGAUUCCCGUCGGGAUUCCGAUAAACCAGCAACCGCUGCUUCGCCUCCUCAGAGAUGGCCGCGGCACAGAUAUCGAGAAAGUUCGCGACUCAGACAAUCGCCAGAACAGCAAGCCAGAGAAACCUGCAGACAUCAAAAGUCACAAUAACGUGAACAAGAGCGACGACAACAAUGAGGAACUUACACCGCCACCCGACUCUCCCAUGGAAGAGACCAUGAGCCAAGCCUCAAGUGUCUUACCCAGUGCAGCGCAAGACGAGAUCGUUGUUGGCACCAAUGCUCACAAAAGGUCCUCCCCCGCGCAGCCUCCAGAACCGGAAGACGUUGUAAUGGGCGACACAGACGAGAAACCGUCUAUCAUUAACCCAUCAAAACGUAAGCGGGUUUCCGGGGUCUAUGCUGAAUCUGUCGGCGAAAAGGAUUCCAGCCCAGCACCAACUGAAGACCUUGAAUCCCGCCGUUCGAACCGCCCUACCAAAGCACAAAAUGUGGGCGGUGUCAAGGGUGUACUGCUCGGCUACUGGCGCGAUUCACCCGCUGAAAGGGAGGAGGAUAAGCAUGCCGUCGUUGGGUUCAUCGACGUCAGGGACCGCCUUCGUACUCGCAUCCAACCGACUACCCGGUCCGGCCAGCCGAUGGAUCCAAGGUAUCCAAUACCACCCGGCCCAGGAGGUAGUUGGGUUACUUUCGACAAGGUAGCCUUCGACCCCCAUCUUGUUGGCCACAACCACCAUGUAAUCAAGGAGUACGUCAAAAUUCGCACUGAGGACAACCGCAAAGAUGAGACGCCCGAGGAGAGGGCGAGGUUAGAUGUGGAGGCUGUUGAAUUGGCUGCCGAACGUGUGAGGACCAAUCCGCCCCCCGAUGCUGCCGUUGCGCCUCUGGUUGCCUACGGCCCUCAGAUUCCCGCCAAUGCCGUUGUCCCGAACCGACCCGAAAAUAAGAAGCGCCGCCUGGCGGGCUCUUUUGGGGUCCCGUUCGAUUCGCCAAAAUCAACCCAGAAUCCUCUCGAUGACAUCCCGGGUACAAGGCCGACGAGAGUCCCUAUCGGAGUCUGGAAGCUUUCCAGCGAAAAGGAGCUCAAAGACAAGCAUGCCGUCUUUGGUGUUCUUGGCGGCAACGACAUGUUCAGGGUGAAACUAACCCGCGAGACUCGGGACGGUCGCACGGUCAUCGGUAACUUUCCCAAUGGCGCUGGCGCACUCUGGAUUCAUUGGGACGAGGUCGAGUUCGACCCGCAUCUCAAGGGGCUCAGCAGAAACGAGGUGAAGGAGUACUGCCGAAUCCGCCAGCGCCAACUCGACCUCGGCGAGGCCCCAGAGGAUGUCGCGGCAAACGAGACCAAGGCCGUUCUUGAAGCUCAGCAACGCGUCGCGCAGAGCCUCGCUAUGGGCACCCCGACCCGAAGAGAAGACAGCGAUCUUCUUCCGAUUGCGAUGAAAGGAUCCGCGGCAACCAACGGAAAUGGUUCCAACCCUGGCUGCCCCACCUCUUCCUUUACCCCCUCCAGGCCCAACGAGGAAGUCCGCCAGUCACGGCGCCUUGAGAACGGCCCCCGCGCGGCGGCGACGGCGGCGGGUCGCCACCCUCUCCCGGAUCUCGAGUACCGUGCGGCCAAUCGCACACCUCCGGGACCGAGCUCCGCUGCUCUUGAGCGCACUAACAUGCUGGCGCGCCGUGAAAUCGCCCGCCUCGAGGCCGCCCAAGCCCGCGCCGACCUUCGCGCCGCCAACCGCGAGACCUCCAUCGCACCCGCUGCCGCGGGGCUGGGCUCCAAUUCCAACAAUUCCACCGCCAGUAGCAACGGUAUUAGCAACAUACCCGACCACUUCCAGGACAAUGUCUCGCGGUUGAACAAGGUGUGGGAGGCGCAGGAGGCCAACCGGCUGCGCGUCGGGAGCGAAGACGCCAAGAUCUACAUGGGUGUCAAGUACCAGCGAAAACAAAGCGGGCCGUUCCAAGGCAAGCUGGUCAGCCAGGGCAUGAUCAUCACCAUUGACGGCGAGGAUUAUGUUGAGUACCGCGUCCUGACGAAACCAACGUUCUUCUAGCCUCCCAGACAAGCACCUCGAGUGCGGCCGACUUUCCGGUUCGUAUCGGCCGGGUUGCCCACCCCGGGGUUACUCUUCCGGUUCCGGGUUGUUUUAUCUCUCUCGCUUUGCUGUUUUUCUUUCUUGGCUAUGGGCGGUGGUUAGUUACGUGAUGGGCGAUACCCAGUUUCUUUUCUUUUUGCUUCUCUUUCCGCUUUCUAGUAGGACGCCGUUUCUCUUGGUUCCCUUUACCUCUUGACCAUCUUGUUAUGAGGCCGG